AUGCUUGUGGGCGUCCGUGUGACAUGCAUCAUCGACAUCGAGGAAGCCAAGCUGCGAGAGCUGCUGGAUGUGGGGAACAUGGUCGGCAGGAUAGAGAAUAAACUGCUGACCGUGGUCAGCGGUCCGGACAUGGUCAACAUCGCCUAUUUGAACUUCAUGGCAUUUCAGGAGGAAGUCGCCAAGGAGUGGGCCGAUGAGCUGUUCAGUCUGGCGUCCAACCUGCUCGCACAGAACAUGUCCAGGGAGGCCUGUCUAGAGAAAGUGUAUACAAGGCUGAAGCUGCAGCUGAACCCGGAGGGACGCAUUCCUGUAAAGAACAUUUUCCGGAUGUUUUCGGCAGACAGAAAGCGUGUGGAGACAGCCCUGGAGAACUGCAAUCUGCCUUCAGGCAGGAAUGAUUCCAUCCCACAGGAGGACUUCACCCCCGAGAUAUUCAGAGCUUUCAUCGGCAGCAUUUGCCCGAGACCAGAGAUAGACCACAUCUUCUCAGAAUUCGGGGCCAAGAGCCGGCCGUACCUCACCCUGGAGCAGCUGACCGACUUCAUCAACAACAAGCAGCGGGACCCGCGUCUGAACGAGAUCCUCUACCCGCCGCUGAAGGCUGAGCAAGUGCAGCUGCUCAUCGAGAAAUAUGAACCCAACACCAACCUGGCGCAGAGAGGACAGAUUUCGGUGGAGGGGUUUGCCCGAUAUCUCAGCGGAGAGGAGAAUGGCGUCAUUCCACCGGAGAAGCUUGACCAGAGCGAAGACAUGACGCUGCCCCUCUCCCAUUAUUUCAUAAACUCCUCCCACAAUACCUACCUCACAGCGGGCCAGUUGGCGGGAAAUUCGUCUGUGGAGAUGUACCGGCAGGUUCUGCUCUCCGGCUGCCGCUGUGUGGAGCUGGACUGCUGGAAGGGCCGCACCGCCGAGGAGGAGCCCGUCAUCACACACGGCUUCACUAUGACAACCGAAAUCUCCUUCAAGGAGGUCAUCGAGGCGAUCGCCGAGUGCGCGUUCAAAACGUCGCCCUUCCCCGUCAUCCUGUCCUUCGAGAACCACGUGGACUCGCCAAAGCAGCAAGCCAAGAUGGCAGAAUAUUGCAGAUCAAUAUUUGGCGAUGCGUUACUAACUGAACCACUGGAGAAAUACCCUCUGGAGGCCGGCGUGCCGUUACCCAGUCCCCAGGACCUGAUGGGGAAAAUCCUUAUCAAAAACAAGAAGAAGUCACCCAAGUCAGAUGGCAGCACGAAGAAGAAGCUCUCGGAGCAAGCAUCCAACACCUGCAGCGACACCUCCAGCGUCUUCGAGCCCUCCUCCCCCAGUGCAGGAUCCGCCAAUCUGGAGAUCCCAGAUGCCCCACAACAGUCUUCUCAGGAGGGCAAUGACCUCAAACCCCAUGGACGCAAGUCUAUAGGGGAGGUGGAAGCAGAGAGUGAGGAGGAUGAUGAUGAAGAUGACGACUGUAAGAAGUCCUCCAUGGACGAGGGCACGGCAGGGAGUGAGGCCUUCGCCACAGAGGAAAUGUCCAAUCUGGUCAACUACGUUCAGCCUGUUAAGUUCAACACCUUUGAGGCUUCCAAAAAAAUCAACCGGAGCUAUCAGAUGUCUUCAUUUGUGGAGACCAAAGCUCUGGAGCAGCUCACUAAGUCCCCAGUGGAGUUUGUGGAGUACAACAAACUCCAGCUCAGCCGAAUCUAUCCCAAAGGCACCAGGGUCGACUCUUCCAACUACAUGCCCCAAGUGUUCUGGAAUGCGGGAUGCCAGUUAGUGGCUUUAAACUUCCAGACAAUAGACCUCUCUAUGCAGUUAAACCUGGGCAUGUUUGAGUAUAAUGGCAAGAGCGGAUACAGGCUUAAGCCAGAAUUCAUGAGAAGACCGGAUAAGCACUUUGACCCCUUCACGGAGAGCACAGUGGAUGGGAUUGUAGCCAACACCUUAUCAGUUAAGAUCAUAUCUGGACAGUUUCUAUCAGAUAAAAGGGUUGGCACUUACGCAGAAAUCGACAUGUUUGGGCUGCCGGUCGACACAAGGAGGAAAGCGUUCAAAACAAAGACAUCUCAGGGCAAUGCGGUCAACCCUGUGUGGGAAGAAGAGGCCAUAGUCUUUAAGAAGGUGGUUCUGCCCACCCUGGCCUCUCUCAGAAUCGCUGUGUUUGAGGAAGGAGGGAAAUUCAUCGGCCACCGUAUCAUCCCUGUGUCCGCAAUCCGCCCAGGGUACCACUACAUUGGCCUCAGGAAUGAGAAGAAUCAAGCGCUGACUUUGCCUGCACUAUUUGUCUACAUUGAAGUUAAGGAUUAUGUGCCUGAUACCUUUGCAGAUGUGAUCGAAGCGCUGUCCAACCCCAUCAAAUAUGUCAAUCUGAUGGAGCAGAGAGCCAAUCAGCUGGCUGCGCUCACACUGGAGGAGAGAGAGGAAGUUGUUGACAAGGAGGUCGAGCCCAGUGGUGACACGCCGUCUGAACCCAAGACUGACCCCAAACCUGCACCAGCAGAGAAUGGGGUGAACCACGCCCCUGGCCCUAUCCCCAAACCCCCACCAAAGGACACUCAUGCACCCCAGCCUACUGGGUCAGUGAAACCAGUGGUGAAAACUGAAGACAUCAUUCAGAGUGUUCUCACAGAGGUGGACGCUCAGAGCGUGGAGGAGCUCAAGCAGCAGAAAGCCUUCGUCAGGGAACAGAGGAAGCACUACAAAGAGAUGAAGGAGCUGGUGAAGAAGCACCACAAGAAGACCACGGACAUGAUCAAGGAGCACACCGCCAAGUACAACGAGCUGCAGAACGACCACCUGCGCAGACGGGCGCUCCUGCAGAAAUCUGCGAAAAGAGACGGUAAGAAGAGGGGCACCACCUCCAGCCCGGAGCACCACCCGUCCUCCAUCGAGCAGGAGCUGGCCGCCCUGGACCAGGAGAGCGGGCAGAGGCUGGCCGAGCUGAAGGAGCAGCAGCAGCAGCAGCUCCUGGACCUGCGGCAGGAGCAGUACUACAGCGAGAAGUACCAGAAACGGGAACACAUGAAGCAGCUGGUGGAGAAACUGACGGCGGUGGCAGAGGAGUGUCAGAACAAUCAGCUGAAGAAGCUAAAAGAGAUCUGUGAAAAGGAGAAAAAAGAUUUGAAAAAGAAAAUGGACAAGAAACGACAGGAGAAGAUUAACGAGGCCAAGUCUAAAGAGAAGAACAUGACAGAGGAAGAGAAACUAGAGAUCAACAGAUCCUAUGUGAAUGAGGUGGUGCAGUACAUCAUACGGUUAGAAGAAGCUCAAAGCAAAAGACAAGAAAGACUCCAGGAGAAGCACAAGGAAAUUCGACAGCAAAUCCUGGAUGAAAAGCCAAAGCUGCAAAGCGAAUUGGACCAGGAGUACCAGGACAAAUUCCACCGGCUCCCGGUGGAGAUCCAGGAGUUUGUGCAGGACACCACUAAAGGCAAGCUGAGCGAAGAUGGAGACCACGCCCACCUCCCCCCGUCCUCCACCUUCGAAAAACUCAACCACAAGUCUGGCCAGUCUGAGGAUGACAUCGAAGAGGAGACGGCUGAGAAAAUAUAUGACACACCCCUCUAGGCAUCUGUGCUGUUCCUUUAGGUAACUCUCUGUUAAUCCGUUCCUUUGGAUGGCUGGUGUUGUGUUGGUUUUGGUUUCUACACCCGCAGCGCUACAACCUGCUGGUGGGAGUACAGGACAUUUGGCUGACAGGAUUAGGGCUGCUGGAAACAGGAUUUACUUGAAUUAUUUUUCUGAAAGGAAUUUGUAUUCCUUUUGAUGUUUUAACUCCUACUUUAUUAACAGCCAAAGUAUGGUAGUCUAGGUUCAGUCAUCACGGUUUCUAGUGUGGUGCGGGUCAUGGUGCCAGUGUUUGGGUUUAAAUACACAAAUACUUUCCUUUUAUACUGUUGUAAAAUAAAAUUAUCAGUAGCAUUACUAUCAAUAUAAAUAUAAUUAUAAUUACGACUGUCUACUAGUACACUACCACAACAAGUACAAAACUUAAGAAAUAUUGGUGAUUAAAACAGCUGAGUUUUGAAUGGGAUUGGAAUGGUGAAAUUGGAGGCACUGUGCUUACGCAAAUACGCAGUUCUUCAAGUUCCAGUUAAAGCAUUCCGCUUCUGGUCUGUCUGCUGCAGAUCCAGUUAUCCUGUCCUAUGUCCUGCUCCACAGGGUGGCCUACACUGUAUAUUGGCACUGAAAUAGGACUGUCCUUCAGGGAGCACGGGAGGUUCACUGGCCUUACGUUGUCCUUUCUGAAAUAGAUUUGUGUCGCUGCUAAUGUUAAUUUUUAUUUGCA